UGUGAAUCCCUUGCGAGUGUGAGUAUGUUGGCAUCCUAUUCUAUGAUGUCUCAUCGCUAAUCCUGACACCGAGGUUUCCUACUUGAGUGUGUCUAAUUUCACCUAGUCAUGCGUGAGUCCCAUCUAACGUGAUUGUCCCGCAGACGAGUAGAGAUGCCGCGUGGGUGCCACACCAGGACCAUGGUCCUUCCCCAGCCAAUCGGGGGGGGGGCGAGCCAGUGCAGCUCAUCCUUCCUCCCACGGCCCAGCAAAGGGGCCAUCGUCACCCCCCCAGGGAUCCAGAGUCGUCCCCGGGCCACCACCCGCGCCCCCAUCAACCGGCCUUAAGGUAUGGGAAGAGGGGACGCACCAGCAACUCAAACGACCACCCCCGCCCGCCCACGAACCACAGCCGAAGCACCCAGUCUCAUAUGUAUGGAAUCACAGGAGUGCCCUUUUUUUUUUUCUAAAAAAAGAAUAAAAUUAAAAAUACAUAAAUUAAUUAAAAUAUAAGCGUAUAUUUUGUCAUUGAGUUUUACUUUUUGUCAUUGAAAAACACAAACGGAAAAAACAAUGGCAAUGUUUUUCUUUGCCUUUUAUUUUCGCUUGGGAUUGUCUUUGUCUUUGCUUUUUACAUAAAGGAAUGGUCUGUCAAUCAAAAGGCAUUGGGAGGAGCUUUCCAAACAGGAAUGGUAGUUGAUAGCUGAUUACUCCUAGUUUACCUGCAGGAAAGUGACGAUGGAGCGUGAGUACUACAGUGUGGUCAAAACAAGCGGCCAGUACAGCAUCAUGCAUCGGUCGAGCCAACCUGUUCCUCAAGAGGGACGAGGGGAAAUCCUGAAGCGCUGUGUUCCUGCUUGCUUGCCCAAAAAGCCAAAUUGAAGACUCAACAACUGAUGAAGUCCUCCAACUUCUCCUAUCAAGGUCCCGCCCGUGUUGUGUGUCCAGGCACUGCUAAAUCAAGAUCUUCACUCCUGCAGGACUCCUAGGAAAGAAAUCAUUGUUAAGGAGACGAAGUUUUGCGUGCCAUCCCGGAGCGAGCACAAGAGGUGAGCGUCUCUCCGUGCGAGGCCGACAGACAGCGGUCCGGCUUCGGCCUCAGGUGCAUCGCUGAGGCGGGGCGACGCGGAGGUCCAGCAGGUGUUGCAGAAGCAUGGACUGUAACUGCGUCAGCGAUCUGCUGCUCCCCCCGGUGCCCGCACUCUGGACGCCAGGGUUCGCUUUCCCGGACUGGGCCUACAAGCCGGAGUCCAGCCCGGGAUCGCGGCAGAUCCAGCUGUGGCACUUCAUCUUGGAACUGCUGCAGAAGGAGGAGUACCAAGGGGUGAUCGCGUGGCAGGGCGACUAUGGCGAGUUCGUCAUCAAGGACCCCGAUGAGGUGGCCCGACUCUGGGGGAUCCGGAAGUGUAAACCUCAUAUGAACUACGAUAAGCUGAGCAGGGCGCUGAGGUAUUACUACAACAAGCGCAUUUUGCACAAAACCAAAGGGAAGCGCUUCACGUACAAGUUUAACUUCAGCAAGGUGGUGCUGGUCAAUUACCCCAUCCUGGAUAUGGCCAACUCACCCUUCUUCCUGGCCCAGAACCAUUUCAAUGGAGGCGCGACCGCACCCGACUGCAGCCCGGAGGCCAUCCAGUCCCUGUUUCCUCGUUUGCCAGACUCGGGACGAGCCUCCUCCCUGUUUGAUCGAGGGAGCGCGCCGCCGGGGCCGGAGGGAGACAAGCUCCGACUGGACACAUUUCCUUUCCUCGGUUCAGGUGCACCCUGCUACACCAAACCUCCGUCCCUCCUGGGUGCAUACCCCCGCAGCCCACCCUUCGAUUAUCCGUGGGGCUUUAACCCCUAUCUCCCAGGGGCCUUCUCCCUCAACAACUGCCCGAAACUGCCCCCCGGCUCCCUCUACCCCUCCCAGUUCUACCCCGGCCCCCUGCCGAGCGGCCUGUCCCAACUGCCGCACCCCUUCUCCAGCCUGUUGCCCCCAGGAGAAGGCGAGAGGGGAGCAACGGGGCUCCAGCCCGGCCGCCCCGGCCUUCCGCCCUACCCAGGGAGCCUGUCGCUGGGCCGCCUGGAUCUCGGCGACCCUCCUGUGGGCGGGGAGCGUGCAGGGGGCACGCCCCCAAGCCAUGGGCCAGGUCGCCACAGCCCCUCGGAGAGGCGGGGAGGCGUCAAACGGGACGCCGAGUCCGACUCGGACCUGGAGAUCACUGACCUGAGUGACUGCAGCUCGGACAACGAGCACGACUUGGCCAAGGACGCCGCGCCGGGCGGGAAGAAGGCCAUGGUCCCGCCCCUGCUGCCACCUGUACACACCCACCCUCUGAAGGGCCUGCUGCCCCUCGGCCCGCCUCCGCCACCUCCGGUCAUGUUGCACGAACGCCACAGGGAGACAGAGACCCUAAAAAUGAUCCACAGCUAAUACUUCUGUUGUUCCCAUUGCUCUGAUUUUCUCCCUUUUUCGCCUCAUCUUUCCCAAACUCUCCAGCAGACGUUUUACAGCGUACCAGUGACUUCCAUGGUCCUUGUUGGAGCAGGAUAGAACGUUUGUUAAUGGCAAUUUGCAUCAUCAACUCCACAGAAAUGGCCGCUACUUGCGUGAAACAAGUUUCACAAAGACACAGUCCAAUACUGCCAUCUAGAGGAGUCUUUACUUCUCACCGCCACAGUCCUUGCUUGAAAUUGUUGCUAGUUUUACUCGUGUAUUGUUUCUGCUGGUCUGUAUUACUUUGAUUAAACCACAUUUUAGUGGUGUGGAAAUAAUUAUACAUAUAUUACUGUGUUUUAUUGUUUACAUUUUUGUUUUGUAUUUAGAUUACAUUUCUAGUAGUGUGAGAGUCUUUCAUUUCUUAAUUUUGAAAUUAUUUUGCAGUGUUGUGGGGACAAAUACACUUUUGUUUGGUCAUGAUUUGUUUUUGUCUUUUUUAAAUGUCAAUUUUAAAAUGACUGUGAAAAUAUGUAUUUCGUUGUCUUUAUUUAAAUAAUUGUUUUCCUGUGUUUAAUUGUGCCAUUUAUGUAUGUAUUUAUUUAAUUUAUACUACAAAUAUUUCCCCUAAUAUUUUGUCUUAUUUAUAUAUAUAUAUACAUUUUUAAAUUCAUUUACUUUAAUUCAAGCUACGUUUAUACUGGUGUUAAAACACAUUUUGCUUAAUAUUUAAUUCUAAUUUCCUUUAAAUCACUUUAAGUGGUUUUUAAACCUAAUUUUAUUUAUUUUAUUAUAUCUUUAUUUAAAUUUAAUUGAAUUUCAAGCACUUUACAAGUGGCAUAAGAACAAUUUGUGUGUUGUAUUUUAUUCCCCCACAUUUAAUACGAACCACAUUUUUGGUUAUGUUAUUUCUAAUAACCUUUUUUAUUUAUAUUCUUGCACAUCAUGGGGCUUAAAAAGGGAAGAAAAGAAGAUUAAACAUUUGAAAUUUGUAGGAAUAUUUGCGUGUGUAUAUAUUUUAAUAUGGUGUACAUUUAAUUAUUACCACCAAUGAGGAGAGCUAAUUGUAUCGUGGUGAUUUAAUUGCGUAUUUAAUUCAACAUCUUACGGAGAUAAUGCUAUAAGCUUAGGUGUACCAAAAUUUUAAAUAAUUCAUAAGCAGAUGUUUUUCUAUGAUUAGUUUAUCUGAAGUCCUUUUUUUUUUUUUUUUUUAAUUCUGCCCUUUGGUCUUUUUUUCCCGGUUGUUUUCCCCAAAAUGUCUACCUUGUGAAUCUUGGGGUGCACAAAAUAUGCUUAUAAGGCUUAUUUUUAUAUUAGAAAUCAUCAAAUGUAAAGCGACAUAAUGUUUGAUUUUUUUUUUCAUACCCAGAUUUAAAGAAAACAACAUGAGCCACAUUGUAUCCCAUCACAGCCAGUGAAAUAUGUAUUGUAAAGUUUCUAAUGUGACACCAACAGCUGUAAAUAUUGUUUCCUCUGUGUGUGUGUGCAUAUGUGUACACAUCUCACAUGUUUUGUUUUGCUGUAAUGAGGUCACAUAAGAG